UGUUAUUUUAGGUGAAAGUGGAAGAGAGAACGUAGACCACAAACGAAACGUGUUGUGAUAUGAUCUGUUCUCCAAUGGCUUCUACAGCAGCUCCACCCCAGCUUCUAAUGUCCAAUCUCAUGUUUGGAAAUCACACUUACCCACAAGCAAAGUUUUUGAGGACAGCAUCCACUAAUGGUUUACAAGUCCACGCCUCUCGCAGACCCCAGAGACCACCCCCUGGAGUUGACACCAGAAUCCAUUGGGACAAUGAAGAUGAAGGUUGGGUUGGAGAUAAGGGUACCAAGCAGAAGCAGCAACAACAGACCGAUAACAACAUGUUGGCUGAUGACUUUCCUGAUUUGCUCACCACUUCUUUGGGUUCUCAUUAUGAAUUCUUAGGAGUAUCACCGGAUGCGAAUUUAGAAGAAAUUAAAGUUGCUUAUCGGAAGCUAUCAAAGGAAUAUCAUCCAGACACAACUUCCCUCCCUCUCAAAACCGCAUCAGAAAAAUUCAUGAAAUUAAGAGAGGUUUACAACGUUCUUAGCAACGAAGAGAGUCGAAAAUUUUAUGAUUGGACCCUUCUUCAAGAGGCUGCAAGCCGCCACGCUGAGAAGAUGAAAAUGAAAUUGGAGGAUCCAAGGGAGCAAGAACUGAAGAAUUGGGAAUCUGUUCCAGACAUGGUUGACCGCCUUGGUGGGAAGAAUAUGAAGCUUAGUGAUCAGGCAGUUUCUGCCAUCACUAUUGAUGUUUUUAUCAUUAUUUUUUCCAUAUGUUGCAUCAUCUAUGUUAUUUUCUUUAAAGAACCAUAUUACUAUUAGCUAGUUAACCAAUUAUAAAACUGUAUAUGUUAUACGACAGAAUCAAAUGUAAGGCAUUAUAUAAUUAGAUGAAGAUGUGCAGGCCUCAUACAUAUUUGUAAGGUAUGUCCCAUGGUAAUUUUAA